AUGCGCCUUAUGUUUCCAAAAGGUAAGACUUUCCCCUUCCUUUCUAGGCUUUUCAACUGGGCCAAGGGGAGAAUGAAAACUUUCACUUCGGAAGGAGGAAUGGCAAGUAGAGUUCCCACUGCAGCAGUUUCCGAAUCAGGGAUGUUAAAUUACUUUUGUCUCAGAAUUAGACCCAUUUGUUACCCUUUUUGGAAUAGUUGGGGCAGAAAUGUAAUAAAUAAUAGGCUGCUCGAUCUGCUGUUCCGGCAAGCAGCCCUUUCGCUCGUUCCCUUGGGGCUUUUUGGGGGCCAACCUGUUCCAUAUGAGCAGCAGGAGCAUAAGCCCCCCGUGUUCGCAAACUCUCAUGUAAGGGACCUACUUUCCUUCACACUAUACCUUCCGGAGUGCUUAUGGAAUAUCCUGUUGAGUGGGUUUGAUGCUAAUAAAACAGGAAGGAGCCCAGCAGCUCCCCUUUUUCGGGAUAAAGUAACGAAAUAUGCUACCCCCAGCCAAAAGGCCAUAGAUAGGCUUUUGGCCCUAAAGCUACGGUUAAGGCCCCGGCCAAUUAUGAAUCUGAAUAAAAAAACAGUUGAACUAGAGUUUUCCCCUACUUGUAUGAGUGGGGCUCGCGCUAUAAAUUUAAGAUUGAGGUUGAUUGGCUUGUUCAAGGCAAGGCUCGACGUAGUUGAGUUGUUAUGGGGACUCUCCUAUCUAAGAUUGAGGCUAAGCUCCUGUUCUGGCUCGGUCUUUAACCCAUUUAAGUCAUAUAGCGCGUCUUCCUAUAACGAGCUUAAAAAGAUCCCAGAGGCUGACUUGCUCGCAAAAGGGUACAACGCUGGUAGGCUAUAUAGGGAUUUACGGAUACAAAGGUUGGAUAAGGUCUCUCACUAUACCCCGGGAUUCUCUAGCUCUUGCACGCUGACUUUAUCCUAUGGUCUCUCUCGGGGCAAGGGCACGGCUCUUCUCUCAAAUAAUCCUAUCAUCUAUGUCUUCGUCCGAGUGGAUUUCCCAUGGCUUGGUUGUCGGGCCGGCAGUUCAAAAAUGUUUCGGAUACAGCCCCAACAUGCCUUUCGUCUAAUCGGGAGAAAAAAGGAAAAAGGCGUUAUUGCUGUGCUUCCCUUCCCAGUCACCAUUCCGACAGGGAAUGAAGCGAGGAGGAACUUCCCUGACUCUCCGUCUCUGCAUCCUGACCGCUUCUUGCUUGCUAUGGGACUAAUGGGAGUGCCCGCAUCUUGCUGUGAACUAGAAUCUCCUACUCACAUUUUUAGAUUCCUCCGUGCUUAUCCCCUAAUGUGUCGUCCUCCAUGA